AUAUUACCCAUUUUAAUGAUUUUUUCAGACGAAGAUUCUGAGAGGAACCACAGCCUGACCUCUAUUUACAGCGUUUCCAAUGUCACCCCGAUGAGUCUAUCUGAACCUGACGAUUCUCCAGCUGCAACUUGCUCUUCAAUAUCAACCGAUGUGUCUGUUGCUGACAACAUCUUCGAUGAAGCAACAGAAGGGGAUGCUGAGAAUAUAGAGCAUAACAUGAUUGCGACAAGAUAUGGUCUCCCAUAUGAUGUAGUCCAAUGUGGCUGCCAUGCAGAGGCCCUCAUGCAGAGGAACCGACAGACAGGCAUCAAGCUGUGCAAAACAGGUAGUUGCCACAAGUUUGAAGAACAAUUCGGCGAACUCGAUGGACGUGCCAUCAGACUGUGGCAUACCACCAAGCGCCUGAACGAAUACAAGAAAGCCUGCAGAAUUUACAAGAUCUUCAUGUCCAAACCUGACCCGACCAAGAGGAAGGAGUUCCUCAAGGCCGACUACAUGCUGAAAGUCAACUUCCCGCACUACUGGGUCCACUUGAGUGAAAAAUACAUUACUUUUAUGACCGACGAAGACUACCAGCGCGAGAACAACUACAAGGAAGAAGUGGUGGAGUCCUGCCAGAGAAUUCUGAGAGAACAGGGAUUCUUCUCGCAACAUUACCAAGUCAUCAUGAGAGAUUUUGGAGAGAACGUGAAAUUCAGCGUCGAUUACCGUCACCUUCACCAAGACUUCAAGAUGGCCUGCGAGUUCCUGAUGAAAGAGUACCCCAACCUUUUCCAGCACUUGAUGGAAAAGUUCGAUUUCGGAGAAUUCGCUCGCAAAAGACUGACCGUGGACGAGAACCGUAAAAAAUAUAUCGAAUAUUCUAAGAAGUCUGGGAAGGUUUUGAAAGAACUCGAGCACGCACACUGCCACGAGUCUUUGGCGAAGAUCAAGAAAAGAAAUCAAGUUUGAAUGAAAUUUUUGUCUGUUCAAUCAUUGUUUGUUUCAUUGUGUUUUGAAUAAAGAAGUUUCGGAGAA